UGCUUAGACCACUAUAUGGUAGACAAUGACCAAAGCACUUCUGCACACAUCAAAUAAAAAUAAUGGUCUGGUCUGGUCUCGUCAUAUGAGCAUGGAGAGUAGUAUAAUAAGAUAAUGGUGAGUGGGCCCAAGUUUUGAAGUGUUGUACUUGUAAUGGAACAGCUUUCUUUUUAAGGAACCUUCAUGUGAGUAACAGUGACUACUUUCCUUGCAUGUAUUUAUAUCUACUUUCGGCAGCUUGUUGGAACCAACACCCAACUAUCCCCUCUAUCCUCCAUAGUCUCCAUUUUCCAAAACCCCUUUUCUCUCUCUCAUUGAAGUGAAGAAUAUGAAGUUAAGUUUUCAAUCUGGAGCUCUACUUUUUUUCCUUUUCUUCCUAGUUUCCUCCUCAAAACUAUUUGCCCGGCCACUGAUCAAUGAGCAAGGGCAAAACAGAAAACUGGGUGAAGUCUCAGGGGAGGACUUUGUUUUGGAGUUGGAAGGAAGCAAAUCUUUGAAGCAGCUGAUGGGGGUGGAAGACUGCAAUAGUGGAGAUGAAGAAUGUUUCAAGAGAAGAAUGACUUUAGAAGCUCACCUAGACUACAUCUACACCCAGCACCAUAAGCCUUGAAAUCAGAAAUCUUCUUAUUUUAUACUUCGAAUAUUAUUAUCUUCUUAAUUUAGCUUAGAUAAUGUUAAACUAGGAUAUCUCCUAUUGUUUUUAGCUUCACUACAACAUUUGGGGCUUUGCAAAAAGCUACUUAAAAGGUGGUAUGGUAUAUGAUGGUAUCAUCUGUUUUGAUACAACUCAACUGCUGAACAUAUGUAAAAGAAACUUACGACUUUUAUUAUGUUAUCUAGCAUGUAAUGAUUAGUUUGUCAACUCCAACAAUUAUA